GCCUUAUACCUCUCCUUGGCUUAGGUUACUUUGUCUCCGGAGGGGAAAAAAGAGCAGCUUCUGAAUAAUCUCCAACAAGGGUAAAAAAGGUACUUCCCUUUUAAUUCAUCUGAUCAAAGAAACCUACAUCACAAACAGGGAAAAUGGCAUCAUCAAGCUCUUACAAUUCUCCUUGUGCUGCCUGCAAAUUCUUGAGGAGAAAAUGUAUGCCAGGAUGCAUCUUUGCGCCUUACUUUCCACCUGAAGAGCCUCAAAAAUUUGCAAACGUGCACAAAAUAUUUGGUGCUAGCAAUGUGACUAAGCUCCUUAACGAACUACUCCCUCACCAGAGAGAGGAUGCAGUGAACUCCCUUGCCUAUGAAGCAGAGGCUCGUGUUAGGGACCCAGUUUAUGGCUGUGUAGGUGCCAUCACUUUCCUUCAGAGACAAGUUCAAAGGCUUCAAAAAGAGCUUGAUACUGCUAACGCUGAUCUACUCCGUUAUUCCUUCACUGAAAUCCCUCCAGCUUCUCUUUCUGUGCCUCCAGGACUAACACCAGUUCAACAAAUACCCCAAAGGAAUUUUAGUACAAGAAUUGGUAAUGAAGGAAGUGGGUUAUAUCGCCAAUCUCCUACUGCUUAUUCUUUUCCUUAUUCUCUUCCAUGGACUGAUACCUCUUCGGAGGACUUCAGUGAUGGUGGAGGAGGAGGAGGAGGAGGAGGAGGAGUAGGUAAUAUGUGAAUUAAGUUUUCAGUAUUUUACCCCAUCUAGGGUUUAUACUUUUUGAGGCAUGACCUGCAACAUUCUGAUGGCGUGAUGAUAUUAUAUAUAUCUAUU